AUGCUUCUAAGGAAGUUACUUUACAUCUUAUGUUUGGCAUUUCUACUGUUUAAUAGAGUAAAAUGCUAUUAUUUUAAUAUUGUAAAUGAGAGUAUUUUAAAGAGAGUUGAAGAAACAACUUGCUUUAGACAACAUUAUGUAAGUUUUAAGAAUCAGUUAUUAAAGGUUUGCUUAUAUUAUAAGUCUACUGAAUAUCCAAAAUAUACAUUUAAUAUUUACAUAUAUAAAGUAAAUGAAGAAGAUAAAUGGGAAAAAAAAAAUGAAUUAAUAAUAGGAAAUACAAAUAGAAAUAUUAGAUAUUUUUACACUUUUUCAACAGAAGAUAAAAUAAUAGUUGUUUUUUGCUAUAAUAUGAAUCUUUAUAGAACACCAUGUAAAUGUUUUUAUUCAACUAGUUAUGAUGGUAUUACAUUUGAAACGAAAAGAACAGCAUUGAAUUACAUUGUGUUUAAUUAUUUAUCUGUGACUGAUUAUUAUUCAAAACAUUAUGAUCUUUUCGGAGAAAAUUUUUUACUAAUGUGUGGUAUUAAUCAUCAAAUUAUUCAUGAUAAUUCUAAAAAUUUAAUUGUUUGUUUUGGUAGCAAUAAUGAUGGAAAAUCUUGGGAUUACAAAUUUAAUUUUCGUUAUCUCAAGGCUAACAUAAAUAUAUCUUAUUUCAUGUUAAAGCUUAUAAUAAGUGGCAAUGAAAUAGGUUUUAAAUAUGUUACCUCUGAGGCUCCUUUUUCAGCUACUUAUAUAAAAUGUAAAUACAAGAGUAUGCAUGAUUUUUACUGUGAUGAUGUUGAUUUGAAAAUAGGGGAUAAAAUAAUAAGAGAUAUUGUAAAAGUUGGCGGUUAUUAUUUAACUAGUCAAUCAGAUACUAAUCUUUCUACAUGUCAAUUAUAUUAUGUAUAUAAUAGUGUUGUAUUAGCACCAGCAAACGGUAAAAGUGAAGGAUAUAAAUGUCAUAAAGAUAAUUUUUUUCCAUUAGAAAAUUCUAGACUAAUAUAUAGUUUUGAAAAUGAAAAUCUUUCAUAUUCUUAUGUAUUUCGUUAUACCGGUUCGGUAAAACAUUGCACUUUAUUAUAUUUUAAAAAAGAUGAUUUAAAUCCUGGUUUUAUAAGAGGAAGUGAUAAUGUUUAUUCUUGUACUAUUAAAUAUGAUGAACUUAUUGUUGAAGGAGAUGAUAGAUAUUUUGUUUUAAGUGUUUUAAAUGAAGUAAAAACGGACUUAAAAAAAUGCUUUCAUUUUUCAUAUGACAAUUUACUAUAUCCAGUUAAUAUAAUUCAUAAAAUUGACACUGUUACUGAAUACGAAAAUUAUAAGUUGUAUAUUUUCCAUAUAAAAAAAGAUAUAGAAAAUUUUUUUUAUGAAGAUAAGACAUUACACUGUGAUCUAGGUGAUAACUUUACCAUGAAAUUAGAUUUGAAUUAUAAGAAUAGCUUCGUUAUAGAUAAUACAUCUCCUAUUUUACCAACAGAAUUAAAGUUACAUAAUAAUAAUAUUAUCUAUUAUAAAAUACCUAAUUUAAGAUCAAAAAAUCAAUUUUUAUCUAAUAUUUCAUUCCCACCUCAAACAAAAUAUAUUAAGAAAAGUGAUAUCAUGUAUAUCUUUAAAAUGCCACCUUAUAUAAAAGAUAAAAUUGAAAGCAGUUUAUAUUUUAUAAAUAAAUCUAAUAAAGUAGAAAAAAAACCAAUUAUAUUUAAUAAAGGAGGUGCAAUUCCUAACUUAAUUGGUGUUGAUUUUUCAAAUUUAGAUAAUAGCUGUUCAUAUGGUUUUGCUUCAAAUAGAUGUGAAUAUAUUAGGAUUGAAGGAAAUAAAAUUAAUGUUGAUGUAAGUGCUCAUACCGAUUCUGAUGUUAUGUUAGGAAUGAUAUGUCCUGUUGAUUCAAAUAAUCAAAAUAUUUGUUUUAAUGAUGUUUAUGAUAAUGAUAAAAAAGUUUUUAUUAGAGAUUAUUUUGAAGAUAAUGAAGGAUUAUUAACUAUAUUACCGAAAACUUACAUCCACAUUCCAGGGAGUUCAAUAACCUAUGAAGAAUCGAAUUUAAUUAUAGGAAGAGAAUUUUUAGAAAAAUUAUACAAAAAUAGAAGUAAUUACAAAAAUAGUCUUGUGUGCAAAUGCUAUAUGAAUAAAGUACACUAUGAAGUAACUUUUAAUUUAUCACAAAAUUUCUGA